GCGACCAUGAGGGCGCAAGACGGUGGAAAGUUUUUCCGCUGAUUCCUGCAUCCCCCCCCCCAAAAAAACAGAUGCAUAAAUAGGAGCGAGGCAGCCCAUUUAGGCGACGAGACGCAGUGCAUCCGACAGAAACAAUGGAGUCCGCCAUCUUGACUUUGGUAAGCCAGUUCAAGGCGUACGCAGGAAACGACGGCGCCGCCAACACUUUGAGCAAAGACGAGUUCCACAGCCUGCUCACCUCUCAGCUGCCCAACUAUGUCAAGGACUCCGGCGAGCCCGACUUCGUGGGCCGCCUCAUGUCCUCCUUGGACCAGAACGACGACGGCGAGCUGACCUUUGCAGAGUUCUGGCAGCUGAUCGGGAAGCUGGCGAGCAAGCAGGGCGGCUUCAGUCCAUCGUAGAGACGAGUCGCCGUCGCACGUGUGACGUCGUGGCUAAUUAAUUACUUGAUGAUUGCAGCUCAGCUGAAUUAAAAGUCUAAAAUGUC